AUUGUAUAUGACCUAAAAAAUGGCCCUCAUUUGAAUUUAAAUUCCCAUCUGAAGAAGAAGUUUGUAUUACAGUCCGCCAUUUCUACCUCUACCAAACACUCCAUUUCACUGACCGCCAUAUUUCAAAACAUCCUCAGUGUGUCUCUCUCUCACACACGAACAGCUUCUCUCUUCUCUGGCUGAAACCCUAAUAGCCACGAACUCUCCCCCAAUCUCUACAGUUUCGGUUCACACCACAUCGAUAACGUCAUGGCCACAGUGCCACAGAUCGCCGGACGUGAGCUAUCGAAUCCGCCGUCGGACGGAAUAUCGAACCUUCGCUUCUCCAAUCACAGUGAUCACCUCCUCGUUUCCUCUUGGGACAAGGGUGUUCGUUUGUACGAUGCGGGUGCUAAUCUAUUGAGAGGUGAGUUCAUGCAUGGCGGUCCUGUCUUGGAUUGUUGCUUUCAUGACGAUUCUUCUGGUUUCAGUGCCUGUGCGGAUACUACUGUGAGGAGGCUCGUUUUUAGCCUAGGCAAGGAAGAUAUUUUGGGAAGGCACGAUGCACCAGUGCGCUGUAUUGAAUACUCAUAUGCAACAGGACAAGCGAUCACUGGUAGUUGGGAUAAAACCCUGAAGUGUUGGGACCCUAGAGGCACAAGUGGGCAGGAGAGGACUCUCAUUGGAACAUUUGUGCAACCAGAGCGAGUCUAUUCUCUCUCUCUUGUCGGCAAUCGUAUAGUAGUUGCAACUGCAGGAAGGCAUGUAAAUGUCUAUGAUUUGCGGAAUAUGUCUCAACCUGAGCAACGAAGGGAAUCUUCAUUGAAAUAUCAAACCAGAUGCGUACGAUGUUAUCCCAAUGGAACAGGUUAUGCUCUUAGUUCUGUUGAAGGUCGGGUCGCAAUGGAAUUUUUUGAUCCGUCUGAGACUGGUCAAUCCAAAAAGUAUGCAUUUAAGUGUCAUCGGAAAUCGGAAGCUGGAAGGGACAUUGUCUAUCCUGUAAAUGCCAUUGCAUUUCACCCUAUCUAUGGUACAUUUGCAACGGGGGGUUGCGAUGGUUAUGUGAACAUGUGGGAUGGGAACAAUAAGAAGAGGUUGUAUCAGUAUUCAAAGUACCCAACAAGCAUUGCGGCCUUAUCAUUCAGCAGAGAUGGACAACUGCUGGCCGUGGCAUCCAGUUAUACAUUCGAAGAGGGAGAUAAAAGUCACGAGCCAGAUGCUAUCUUUGUUCGCAGUGUAAAUGAAGUUGAAGUGAAACCAAAGCCAAAAGUGUACUCUAAUCCUACUACGUAAACUAAAACUGCAGAUAACUCUGUUUUUGUAUGUGGCAAUAUCCUAAAAUCUACGUAAGUGCGACAAAUGAUCAGUUAUUACGUUGUAGGUGUAGGUAACCUUUUUCACCGUACCAUGUUUAUAUGUGCUAUUCUUGGAGCCCUUGUUAAAUCCUCAAGUGGCCGAAGAUAAUAGCAUUGAUGAGAUUUAUUAAAUCGACUCUCUAUGUGCGUCAUCCAUGGAUGACAAUUGCAUUUUCUUUGUAGUCGAA